AUGGCCUCUUCAUCGCUUAGUCGCUGGCUCUCGCGAAAUGUCUGGAUUCACGAAAAGGAUCUCGCCAAAAAAGACGACGAUGUGAAGCUUCCAUAUCACAAUGGACAUGGUUGGCAGGCUGCUCGCACACCACGUCGACGCGCGGUGCUUCGCUAUGCCUUCUACGUGCUUUUCGUCAUCUUCUCGGUCACGAUAUUUCGUCGUUUAAUCUACUCUCCCGAGGAAGAUAUUGUACGUCCAUACUCGCAGUAUCGACACAAUGGUCCAGCGAAAGAGAGCCCACCGACGCAGCUCACCGCACCAAAAGCGACCCCCGGAACCGUACCCAUCGGCACGAAGCAUACCGACCACAGCCUCGAGGCACAUGCCGGAGACAAAAUAAGCAACAGCGCAAGAUAUUACAAGGGUGUCAUCAAGUUCCAUGCGCUCGCUCAAGAUCUUCUAAAGCUGAGCUCAGCUCCUCCCGGGCCGGGCAUCGACAGCGUCCUCUUCGCAGCAUCCAGCUUGCAGAGCGCAGCGAAUGUGCUCCCAAUGGCCUGUGAGAGAGCAGCCUCGCAGAAAGACCGCAUUUUGUUUGCCCUAUUUGGCGAUAGUGACAUUGACUUGCAACAGCUGCUCAAAGUCAAUGGCAUUGACGAGGCUUGCAAAAUACUGGCCAUCGAUGCUCGUGCUGAUCAGAGUCGUCAGCUGGACAACCCUCGUCUAGCAUUUGCUGCCGCGCGUGCAAUGCAUUUUCUCGCAACAUUUGUGAAACCUCUCGCCGUCAUUGUGGACGGUUCUUCUACCGAAGACCGUUCAUUCUUGGAUGGUAUCAAAGAUCAGAUGGUAGACGCUCCUCGGACCACUUUGAUCGAGCUGCCUGCUCGAGCCCAGUCUCGUCUUUCGUGGAUAUCCAAGUUGGAUGCCACUGCUUUGGCUGAGUGGAAUGAAGCGCACUUUGAUAUUCUGAUCCAUGCGCCACCUACAGGAACCGGAAACCUCAAGCGUCUCUUGCGAUCACUUGCGGCAGCUGACCUGGCAGGCCACAGCAUCCCCCACAUCACUGUCGAGCUUCCCCAAAAUCUUGACAUUUCGCUAGAGAGGUUUCUUUCCGGGUUCAACUGGCCUCAGUCCAGCCUUGCUGGCUCCAAAACCAGUAUGCUGACACUGCGACAUCGCAUUUUGCACAAAGAGCCUAGCCCAGUGGAGAGCGCUCUUGGUUUGCUCGAGUCAUUCUGGCCAAGUGAUGCUACGAGAAACCAUGUUCUUAUUCUAUCGCCUCACACGGAGGUAUCUCCACAAUUCUUUCACUAUGUCAAAUAUGCCUUGCUCCAUAGGCGCUAUGGCCUAGCUGCGAGCAGCGACGAUUCUCUCGAGCUCAUGUUUGGCAUUUCAUUCACCGUGCCCAAGACUCACAUACACAAUACGAAGCCACUUAAUUUGCCAGCGACUGCAAACAAAGGAUCCUCGUUCCUAUGGCAGGCACCUAGCAGUGAUGCCACGCUUAUAUUUGGCGAUCAUUGGGUCGAGCUGCACGGCUAUGUAUCGCAUAGUUUACAGACGCAAAAGGCAGGGACUGCUGUGCCUACCAUGGCGCAGUCCAAGGACGUUGCGGAGAAUCAGCCAGCCUGGCUAGAGUAUAUGCUUCAGCUUUGUCGUCUGCGCAACUACUUUACUCUGUAUCCGAGUAAAGAGACGGCAGAUGCCCUUGUUGGCGUCUAUGCUGAUCUACCCGAUGUGCCUGAUGGGCGCGAGAAGAGCAACGCAGACGUUCGAGUUGGAGCACAGAGAGGCAGUAGCUUCGACGCAGGAUCACAAGUGGAUAUCCUCAAUACUUUACCAAAGGGGGGCGCCCUCCCAAGUAUUCACAAACUUCCAGUUGUCUCGUGGGAGGGUGAAGUCAGCACCCUUGACCACAUGGUGGCAGAAUCGUACAAGCAAACGCUCGAGUUUCGACGCCAGAUUGGAACGUGCAAAGAUGUAGAAGCUCACGUUGCGCGCGACAGGUUUGCCGCGGAUCUGUUUUGCGCUGUCAAGGAGCAGAAGAGCGCGCGGUGA